ACAUAUGAAGUUAUGCCUUAGCUGUGGUUGCAAAGACUCAGCGCAUGAUCGCGUCAUUCCCAUUCUAGCAUUGAUAAUGUUCAGUUCACAGCGGGUAAUGAUCUUCACAAGUUAGAUUCUCAGGUGUUGUCGACAGAGAGAUGGCAGGCCGCCUAAAGUUGCUGCUGAUGAUUUUCGUACCUGCAGUCAAUGGAUCCAUCAGUAUAUUCGGCUAUACUGGUGAAAACAUCACUCUGCCAUGCAAGUACAACAUCAAGAAACAUGGACAAACUGAGGCGUGCUGGGGCCAUGGACGAAUACCACUGAGGAGCUGCAAUAACAUAAUCAUCAGCACCGAUGGGUUCAAGGUCCAAGAAAAAACAAACAGGUAUAAGCUUCUGGGUCCAUUGAGUGGUGGCGACGUUUCCCUGACGAUCCUGAAUGUAACAAAGACGGACAGCGGAAUGUAUGGCUGCAGGGUACAGAUUUCUGGUUUUUGGAAUGAUGAAAAACAUCACAUCCAGCUUGUUGUAAAAGAAGAUCCUAAAAUGACCAGCACCACUUUAAAAACAGAAACGUCUGCGGAGAAAAUGGCACCCGGCAUUACAGCAGUUAAUGUCAUCUCUACAGAAACGUCCUUUUUCUACAACUCAACGGAAACGCUCUACUCCUACACCUCCACCGAAACCAAUGUCCCGGCGAUUCUGUUCGGGGUUGUGGUCCUUGUCUUGAUCACGGCUGUCGCCAUCGCCAUUAUUGUAGGCAUUCGUUGGAGGCAACUAGUCAAAAUCCGCCUGCAACCACCCGAUGGAGUUCCUGUGAGGCUAAGCUCUCCUUCGUCGUCUCUGCAUCUCUACCACCAAGCUUCAGCGUUGGAAAACAUCUACCAGAUGGAUGAAGGAGAAUAUGACUAUUUACCCUAAAAGUCCCGUCACAUCGAUCGGGGCAAGAAAUGUCCAUCAUGCAAGCAUUACAUUUAAUUUUAAAAAAGGUCUUCUUUUUAUAUAUUUUCUUUAUUUCCAAUAAUUUAAUUGUUUUUUGUUCUAUUCAAGUACAUGUUGUACUCCUAAAUAUAUUUCUCUUUUUUUUUGGCUGUAUAUUUUUUCAAGAACUUUACAGCCUUAAAACAAAUGUGUUGUGAAUGUUUGGACAAUUUGGACAUCUCUGGGUCUCGGAGAAGAACAUUUAUAAAAUGUUUUCAUAUUUUAGUUAACUGAGUUGCUUGAAUUGUUAUUAAGUGUAUGUAAAACCCAGUGGUGUGCCAUCAGGCCCAGCAAUGCCUUCACUGCUGUCCUGACAAAACCAGAAAUCAUUAUCAUAAAUAAAGAUAAAAGUAAUUUUUUA